AUGUUGUCUAAGCAUGGCGGCAAGAAGAACGAGUACUCUUUUGUGUGGAUGAAUAAAAAGAUCAUCAUACCAUCUAUUCCACCCUCUCCAAAGAGCCUCAAAUAUCAAAAUUCCAAACAUAUAUCUCUUUGUAACAAGGGAGAGUUUCUGGCCGAGUCAAAAGAGUUAAAGCAGAGGUUUGUCUUAGUGGUGAAGGAGGAAUUAAAGACGCUCAUGGAGGUUCCAGAUAAGAUGAAGUUACUACUUAAGGAGUUCGAAGUGUUGAUUCCUGAAGAGCUACCCGAGGAACUUCAUCCCAUGAGGGAUAUUCAGCACCACAUUGAUUUCAUUCUGGGUUCAGUGCUUCCUAAUCUCCCUCAUUAUCACAUGAACCCGCAGGAGAAGAAGAUAUUACAGGACACCAUUGAGGACCUUAUUAAGAAAGGCCACAUCCGAGAGAGUAUGAGUUGGCCGAGUCAAAAGAGUUAA